UCGUCAAAGAAUUAAAAGACGAGACAAAGUGAGUAUUCUUUAUGAAAAUGUCUGACACAAAACCUCCAUCAGCUUCUAUUUUCAAGUUAGUAGAUGGAUUUCCCAUUCCCCUACAGUUUUCAGAAGAAAAUUUUCGAUCUGCUGUCAAUUAUAAGCCACGACCUGACGACAUUUUCAUUGUGACUUAUCCCAAAUGUGGCACAACGUGGCUCCAACAUAUCUUCAUGCUUAUACUCAGGCAUGGUCAACCUCUGGAUUCUCUUGAAGACAUGCAUGAUAGCUCUCCUUUCCUUGACAACAGAGGAGCAAAGAGUGCCGAGACGAUGAAAAGACCAGGUGCCAUCAAAACUCACUUGCCAUUUCACCUGGCUCCCUGGUCACCUGAUAACAAAUACAUAUACGUAGCCAGGAACCCAAAAGACUGUUGUGUGUCUUAUUAUCACCAUACCUCCAGAAUUCCAAGCAAUUUCAGUGGAACUUUCGACGAGUACUUCGAAAAGUUUCUAGCUGGAUUAGUAGAAUUCGGAGACUAUUUCGAUCAUCUUCUUGGUUGGUACACUCACAGAAAUGAUCCAAAUGUCUUAUUUAUAACUUACGAAGACUUAAAAGAAGAUUUUGAGUCGAACACCCUGAAAAUCGCAGCUUUUAUCGAUGACAAAAAAUACGCUCAACCUAUAAGAGAACAUCCUGAGAUUAUGGCUAAUAUCAAGACAUACAGCAGUUUUGACUUCAUUAAAGAAGCUCAUCUUCAAAAAGAGAAAGAAUAUAAGCAGGAGCACGAAUCAUUGGAGACUAAAUCAAAAUUUUCGGACGAAACCUCUAAGUCAGAUGAAGAUAAUUGCAGAGGCCAUGAAAAUAAAAAGCGCACAAUGCACGCUGGUCAUUUCAGAAAAGGCGUUGUGGGCGAUUGGAAAAAUUAUUUUUCAGAAGAACAAACUCGGCGCUUGAAAGAUAAAUUCACUGAAAGAACUAAAGGAACCGAUAUAGAAAGUAUGUGGACCAAAUACAUGUAAUAAAUUAAUUAUUAAAAGAAACUUUGUAUGCAACGUU